UAUAGCUACUCAACAUUUCAUGAAAUUUCUAGGUUAGCUCAAGAUCUUUUCCUCCCUCCCUAUGUCGUCCACAUAAAUAUUUUAUUCUGCCUUCUAGUAUUGAGUAUUCUAGCUAGGAAAAAAAAAUUCACAGCCAUAUAAAUAAUUGAAGAUCACUUCGACAAUUGAUUAAGUAAGAGCAUUAGUACUCACUACUCUCCUCUCUGAUUCCUUCAUUCAAUACUCAAAAUUACUCCAACAUUCCUUCAAAAUCAUGGCACCAAACGCCAAACCUCCCAGGCUCUCAAUGGAAGGUCUACAAAGAACAAUCUCCGACAUCUCAUUCGAACUAAGCAAAGAAUCAUCAAUUGAUAGUACUACAAAGCAACAACACCUUCCUCCGAUCUCUGAAGUUGAGGACGCAAAGUGUGAGUGUUGUGGGAUGUGCGAAGAGUGCACCCCGAACUACAUCAAGCGCGUGCGUGACAAGUUUUCGGGGAAGUUGAUUUGCGGAUUAUGUGCUGAGGCUGUGAAUGAAGAGAUGGAGAAAAAUGGAGGGAAAAGAGAGGAAGCAUUGAAUGAGCAUAUGAGUGCUUGUGUUAGGUUUAAUAGGAUUGGGAGAAGCUAUCCUGUUCUUUACCAAGCUGAGGCCAUAAAAGAGAUCUUCAAGAAGAGUUCAAGCAUUAGGGCUAAGUCUAUUAGCCCUAGAAAUAGAUCCUCAAGUGGUCAAAAGAAAGGUGGGAUUGCUAGGAGCUCGAGUUGCAUUCCAGCUAUUUACGAGGGAGCUUAAGCAAUGAUUUCUCAACCUUUGUGAGCUGUGAGCGUAAUGGUAAAGUUGUUUCAUUGUAAUCUAAGCGUUACAUGUUUAGGGUUUAUGAUUAUCUCCACAAGUUUAUAUGGUAUUAUUCUUGAUUAUCAAAAAAAGUUAUCUCGAAGUUGUCGUUCUUCCUAAUUCACAUAAAUGAUGUAUCGAUAAUCUCCAAGUUGUCGCUCUUCCUAAUUCACGUAAAUGAUGUAUCGAUAACAUAACUUUCUAUGAUAAGG